AUGAGCUGCCCCUUCCGCCCCCAGGGGUCGAUCACCAUCACCGGUAGGCCCCCGCCCGAGGAGGACGGCGCUCGCCAAUGCCCCGCGCGGGGAACGCUAAACGGCGGCGAGAUUUCGUGCCGUGGCGGGCCAAAGGCCGGGGAUGAGGGCGAUGCCGACAAAGGGGCGCGAGGCGGCGAUGGCGUGUCUACGUCAGGGGGUGUGUGCCCCCUGGGCUUUGGCACCAGCCAGGGACCCAAGUUCUCCAGCCUGCACUGCCCGCUGUGCAAGUGCCUGUUCCACGAGUGCGUGCGGCUGGCGGUCUGCGGCCACCGGUACUGCCGGUUUUGCGCCUCGCGGUGCCGGGACUGCCCCACCUGCGGGGCGGACGUUCAGGGGAUCGAGGAUGACGCGGAGAUGCAAGGGCUCGUGGACAAGUACAUAGACGCUCAUUGUGUCAAUCACACCAUCUGGGAGUUGGAGUCUGGGGAGCCUGUGGACAAGCACAGGGGGUUGAAGGUCGAUGACCCCACAGGCCUGCAGAGGUGUUCAGCCACAUUCUUUCUGCAACUGGGUUUGCGUUCAUACAUGAGCGGCAACUACGUGGCUGCCAGACAGCGGCUGUUGCGAUGCAAAGCUGAGCUUCACAAACUGAUGCAGAAGGGAUCGCAAGAAAGCUCAGUUGACGUGGCCCUGUGGUGCCAGUUGGGGGCUGUGUGCGGUGUGCUGGGUGAUUGCAGCAGAAGGUGCGGUGACUCAGAGGCAGCAGCGCACCACUACCUUGACAGUGUCAACCACCUGAAGCAGGCAGAGGGCAACGAUGAGGCCACUCGUGAGCUCGCUGUGUCUCUGAACAAGCUGGGAGACUUGCAUUUCUAUGGGAAUGAUGUCCAAGCAGCCAGAGAGAAGUAUGCGGAAGCUUUGGAUGUAAGGCGGAAGCAACAGCAGAAGUCACACAGCGAUGAACAGGUGCUGGAAAUCGCCGUCUCUCUGACAAAGGUUGCUGAUGCCGAUCAGGCACUGGGUAACACUGAGGCUGCAAGCAAACAGUUCUCUGAAGCACAGCGACUCGUGCAGAGUGUGAAGACAGCGGGCCUGGACCAAGGGCGGGCGGCAAUGCACCAGCAUCUUGCCUCAUUUCUCCAAGAGAGACUGGAUUGA